GGAGGGAAGUUGUCAAACGGAGGCCGAGGGAAAUGAGGCGGAGGCCGCCGAGAAGCGAGGAGCCCCGCCCCUCCGCCAUAGCGGCCUCCCAGUGCCGCCUCUUCCGUUACAGCCUCCCGCCCUACCCUGCCUUCCGGCCCUAGGCCAGGCCGGGCCGGGCCUCGCCGGCCCCCUCGGGAGUAUCCUCUGAGCCGUGGCCCCUUUGGGGAGAGGAGAUGCCCAAUCCCCGCUUGGGACUGUGUCCGAAAAGAAAGGGCUAGAACGGGCUUCGGACCCGGCUAGGCUGGCAGAAGGCGGCCCCUGCCUCGCGGCGGCCAGCAAAGCCUCUGGUCCUGAGGACCCUGGGCUACAAGUAAGUCAUCUGUGAUCGCUGGGUCUAGAGCUUGACUCUGGAGAAAGGAAAGGAAGAAUGGAAGCCUGGUGAAGAGGCAGAGAAGCCUGAGGGAGUUCAGCCCUGGCAGCAGUCCCCCUGAAUUCCUGGUGGUGAGAGGAUGUGGCCCCUGGACACAUCCCGGAAAGAGGUCCUGGGGUUUGCAGUCAGCUGCCGUGUCCUGACUCUGGUGCUGCAGGCUCUCUUCAAUGCCAUCAUCCCAGACCAUCAUGCAGAAGCCUUCUCUCCUCCUCGCCUCGCCCCCUCCGGCUCUGUGGACCAACUAGUGGAAAGUCUCCUGGGCGGCCUAUCUCGCUGGGAUGCUGAACACUUCCUGUUCAUUGCUGAGCAUGGCUACCUGUAUGAGCACAACUUUGCCUUCUUCCCUGGUUUCCCCCUGGUCCUGUUGGUGGGGACUGAAUUGCUGAGACCCCUGUGGGGGUUACUGAGCCUACGGAGUUGCCUGCUAAUUUCAGUAGCAUCGCUCAAUUCCUUGUUCUCCGUGCUGGCUGCACUUGCGCUUCAUGACCUGGGCUGUCUGGUUUUGCGCUGUCCCCGCCAGGCUUUUUAUGGAGCGCUGCUCUUCUGCCUCAGCCCUGCCAAUGUCUUCCUGGCGGCUGGCUAUUCAGAAGCUUUGUUUGCCCUCCUGACAUUCAGUGCCCUGGGGCAGCUGGAAAGGGGCCGAAGCUGGACUAGUGGACUCCUCUUUGCCCUCGCCACUGGUGUGCGCUCCAACGGGCUGGUCAGCGUUGGCUUCCUCGUGCAUUCUCAGUGCCGAGGCUUUUUCUCUUCUCUCAUGGUGCGGAAUCCUCUGAGACAGCUCUUGAAGCUGAUGGGCUUUGUGUUCCUGUCAGUGCUCACACUUAGCCUUCCCUUUGCCCUCUUUCAAUAUUAUGCCUAUACCCAGUUCUGUCUGCCAGGCUCAGCCUACCCCAUUCCUAAGCCCUUGCUGCAGUUAGCUGUGGACAAGGGCUACCGAAUCAUAGGGGGAAAUGAGCCGCCUUGGUGCUCCUGGGAACUUCCCCUAAUAUACAGCUACAUCCAGGAUAUCUAUUGGAAUGUUGGCUUUUUGAGAUACUAUGAACUCAAGCAGGUGCCCAAUUUUCUACUGGCUGCACCAGUGGCUGUACUGGUUGCCUGGGCAACUUGGACAUAUGUGACCACCCAUCCUUGGCUCUGCCUUACACUUGGGAUGCAAAGGGGCAAGAACAAAGAGACCCCAGAGAAGCCUGAUCCUGGAUUCCUCAGUCCUCGGGUGUUUGUGUACCUAGUCCACGCUGCGGUGCUGCUGCUGUUCGGCAGUCUGUGCAUGCAUGUUCAGGUUCUCACCAGGUUUUUAUGCUCCUCCACUCCUAUUGUGUACUGGUUUUCAGCUCACUUGCUUCAGGAUCAAGAACCGCUGCUGAGAUCCCUAGAGACUAUGCCUUGGAAGCCUCUUUCAGGGGACUCCCCACCAGGACAAAAGGUCCCCAGAAACUCUAUCAUGGGACUCUUGUACAACUGGAAAACUUGUUCUCUGGUCACACGAUGCAUUCUAGGCUACUUCCUGACUUACUGGCUCCUGGGACUACUCCUGCAUUGCAACUUCCUACCUUGGACAUGACCUGGAGACCUAGGGGACAGGCUUGAAGCAGACUUAACCAGGGUCUGAAAGUACAAAUACAUGCUGGGGCAGCCUGUGCUGCCCUGGAACCCUGACUCUGCCCAUUAGAUCCUCUCUCUCCUUGAAGGUUGGUUAGGAAUGGGAGCAGUGUGAGCCUCUAGAGAGCACCUUCUGGUCCUGGCUAUGGCAGAUUUUAGGGUAGUAACUAUUUUCUCUGUAAAUGAAGAAGUCUUAUUCCAGAUCUAAAGCAUACCUGGAUCUGUCUUGUCCAUCAACCAUAGCAGAGAUAGUCUUAAACUUACCACCUACCCACAUGUAAAUUUAAAUUAUUUAAAUGUGAAUUUCAUCAAAGGCUCUAGCUGACAAGCUGGUCAUAGUCCACACAGUGAUGGUGGAGGCCUGGACAGUGUAGCCUAAGUAAAAUGGGACCAUCUUUUCUAAAUGGGACAUUGUUUCUGAUGAUUUUUUUCAUGAUUUGUUCACUUAUUUAUAUGAAAAACCUUACAAAGAUACACAAAUUAAACAACUUUUGAUUAUAUCUGCAAUUAAUUACCUUUUUAUUUUUAUUUUUAAAAUUAUUUUAUUUUAUUGGCUGCACGGCUUACGGGAGCUUAGUUCCCUGACCAGGGAUUAAACCCAGUCCACAGCAGUGAAAGCACCGAGCUGGACCACCAGUGAAUUCCCAUAAGUUACCUUUUAAAAAAAGUAAUACAAAUUAAGGGCUGAGACCCUGCCACAUACUCUGCAUCCACACUUCAUUUGGAUAUUAAAGGUCAAUUGAUGCAAAAAAAAUUAAUACAAGUUACUUGGGGGAAAAAAAGUCAUGGUAAGAAGAACAUUGCCUGAGGAGGCAGGAGGCCUGGAUUCUGGUCCUC